AUGUCUUCCAAUCGACGUAGAGAGUUUUCAUUGCGGCAAGACGAAAUUAUAGAAUUCUUGAUGGCUGACUACAGCGAUGAUGAGGAGGGUUUAGUCCUUGAUGAAGAGGAUCAAAAUUUUUUAGAGCAAGAUAUAGACACGGGUAUUUCAACUGUCGAAAUUGAACCGGGGUCAGCAUCUCCAGAAGAGAAUAUUAUUGAAAAUCAACAGCCUAGUUAUAAUGUCCUUUAUUUCAACUGGCGAAAAAAUUCAUAUUCUCCGCAUAAUUUUUGUGAAAUGGAAGGGUAUAACUUCGGCGAGGUGCACAUUUUUGAUCAAACUUCUGAUACGGAACUGACUCCUGUAAAAAUUUUCAAUGCGGCUACAGGCUUCGAAAAAUUAGUAGAGGAGAUUAUUGUUCGUGAAUCCAUACGCUACGCUCAUCAAAAUGGAAGAUCUUUUACGUUGACUGAUGAAGAAGCCAAAGCUUUCUUCGGCAUGAACUUUGUGAUGGGGUAUCAUUGUUUACCUACAUUCAGGAGCUAUUUGUCUACAGAUCCUGACAUGGGAGUUCCUUACAUUGCUAAUGUGAUGCCUAUAAACCGCUUUGAAGAAAUACGUAGGAACUUGCAUUUUAGUGACAAUUCUAAUGAACCUAAUAGAACCGAUCCGUCUUAUGAUAGAGCAUUCAAAAUACGACCUGUUAUAGAUCAUUUCAACCAUGCUUUUCAAAGAGCUAUCGCUAACACCAAAACCCAGGCAAUAGACGAAAACAUGAUCAAGUUCAAGGGGCAUAACAUAAUGAGGCAAUACGUAAAAAAUAAACCAAUAAAAUGGGGGUUCAAGAUGUGGUGUAGGGCAUGUUCUUCCACUGGCUAUUUAUUUCAGUUUGAUUUGUAUACUGGGCAGAAAAGAGGUGGCACUGAAACGGGAUUGGGUGAAUCGGUUGUCUUGCAAUUGUCUGAAAGCUCACAGGGCAUAGGGUGUGAAAUAUACUUUGAUAAUUUUUUCAAUUAUCCUAAUCUUCAGUAUACACUGAUGAAUAAGAAUAUAAAAGCGUGUGGAACAGUGCGCUCAAACAGGAAAAAUGUACCGAAAAAUAUGCCAACAGAUAAAAAUAUGUAUCGUGGAGAUAUUUUUGCAGCCAGCAGCAAUGGAAUAUCUUUCAUAAAAUGGAUGGAUAACAAAGCCGUGUUUCUGCUAACAAAUUUUUUAUCAUCCAUACCUACGACGAUAGUCAAGAAGCGUGUUUCUGGUAGUGCUGAAAAGGUGAAUGUAAUUUGCCCUGAAGCUAUAAUAAAAUAUAAUAAACAUAUGGGAGGAGGUCGAUCUGAUGGACCAGAAAAAAGUAUACUCUGA